AUGGACUCAGCACUACAAAAGCAGAUUGCAAAAGGAGCAAGACUCAAGAAGACUGUCACAAAUGAUCGCUCGUCGCCAGUGGCCCAGGAGGCGGCGGUGGUGGCGGCCCCCCUGUGGGUGGAGGCAUGCCUAUGCCGCGGCCAGGCGGUCCCACCCCUGGCGGUCGGCCUGGCGGCCCAGUGCCACCCGGGCACCCUGGAGCCCGUCCAGGUCCUCCCGCCCCUGGUGGAGGAUUCCCCCCUCGCCCAGGUGGCCCCUCGCCUGGUGGCCCUCCUCCCCGACCUGGCAUGCCGCCCCCUGGUGGUGGUGGUGGACCGCCUCCGCCCCGGCCAGGUGGUGGCCCGCCCAUGCCGGCUGCCAAUGGCGGCGGCGGAGGCCCUCCUCCCCCGCGCCCUGGUGGUGGCCCGCCCCCGCCUCGCCCUGGUGGUGGUCCUCCCCCGCCGCGUCCUGGUGGUGGCCCGCCCCCGCCUCGCCCCGGUGGCGGCCCUCCCACGCCGCCCCGGCGGCCCGCCCCCGCGCCCCGGUCUUCCUCCCCCGACGCCUGGCGGAGGACCUCCCACGCCCACCGGACCAUCCACCCCUCAGUACCAUCAGCCUGUCAGUGCCAUGGAGACCGAGGGACGGUUCUCGUUCCACCCGAUCUCCGAUCUCCCGCCGCCUCCCGAAUUCAGAAACGUGCCCAAGGUCUACCGCUCCCAGCAGGUCGCCGAAGCCGCCCCGCCCUCCUUUGCCGGCGGCGGUCGCGCUCCUCCUCCCACGCCCGGCGGCCCUCCCCCCAGACCCGACGCAGGUCCGCCCACACCAACACGCCACGAGGCGCCGCCUCCGCCCACGCGCGAUGCCGUUGCGCCACCGGCUCCCGGCAGACCCGAG